GCGCUUCUCUCUCUCUGUAAGUCUGUCUCCUGAGCCUUGGCCCAAAAGGACACAAUGCUUCAAGGAAGGACUGUGAGAUGCUGCCUUUUGCUGAUGCUCUUGACCAUCCUGCCAACACGGCCUGCAUUGGAAGUUCCCAAUGUGGCUCUUGAUGGUAAGGCGUCACAGUCCAGUAUCUACAAUGACCUUGGAAAGCCUGAGAAUGCCAUUGAUGGGUCACCAUCUACUAACUAUAUGGAUGGCCACUGCACACACACAAAACUAGAACUGAAUCCAUGGUGGACAGUGGAUUUGGGAGCAGAGUUUCGUGUGUCCAGUGUUAGCAUCACCAAUCGAGGAGACUGCUGUGCACUGCGAAUAAUUGGGGCUCAAAUCCGAAUUGGAAACUCACCAGGAAAAGGUGGAAUCACGAGUCCAAGGUGUGCUACAAUCAUAUUACUGGGCCAAGGGAGAACCGCCAAUUUUGGCUGUAGAAAAAAGCAAGGGCGGUAUGUAACUAUCACCAUCCCAGGCAUUCGUAUCCUCUCACUGUGUGAAGUUCAAGUGUUUGGUGAAAAGGUACCUUCCUCGGUCUUGUCUCCUGAGCCUUGGCCCAAAAAGGACACAAUGCUUCGAGGAAGGACUGUGAGAUGCUGCCUUUUGCUGAUGCUCUUGACCAUCCUGCCAACACGGCCUGCAUUGGAAGACACCAAUGUGGCCCUUGCCGGAGAGGCUUCACAAUCUAGCAACAUCCACCCGCUAGGAGCAGCUGGAAAUGCCAUUGACGGGUCCACAGCCAGUGAUUUUAACCAGGGAUCCUGCACCCACACAGAUUCUGAAAGGAAUCCAUGGUGGAUGGUAGACUUGAAGGCACAAUAUCAAGUACUUCGUGUCACCAUCACCAAUCGGAAAGACUGCUGUGCUCAGCGUCUUAAUGGGGCUGAAAUCCGAGUUGGGGACUCCGCAGAGAGAGGAGGCACCACAAAUCCUAGAUGUGCUACAAUAAGUUCUUUGGGUGCUGGGGAAACAGAAACAUUUUACUGUGAAUCAUCGAAGGGCCAGUUUGUGACAGUUACCCUACCUGGGAAAGAAUACCUCACGCUUUGUGAAGUCCAGGUGUUUGGAUGUAAGAUAGAGACCCCUGACACCAAUGUGGCCCUCGCCGGAGAAGCUUCACAAUCCAGUACCUACAGCUCGCUAGGAGCAGCUGGAAAUGCCAUUGACGGGUCCACAGCCAGUAAUUUUAACCAGGGAUCCUGCACCCACACAAAUUCUGAAAAUAAUCCAUGGUGGAUGGUAGACUUGAAGGCACAAUAUCAAGUACUCCAUGUCACCAUCACCAAUCGGAAAGACUGCUGUGCUCAGCGUCUUAAUGGGGCUGAAAUCCGAGUUGGGGACUCUGCAGAGAGAGGAGGCACCACAAAUCCUAGAUGUGCUACAAUAGGUUCUUUGGGUGCUGGGGAAACAGGCAGCUUUAACUGUGAAGCAUCAAAAGGGCGGUAUGUCACUGUUACCCUACCUAGGAAAGAAUACCUCACGAUUUGUGAAGUCCAGGUGUUUGGACGGAAGAUAGAGUCCCCUGACACCAAUGUGGCCCUCGCCGGAGAAGCUUCACAAUCCAGUACCUACAGCUCGCGAGGAGCAGCUGGAAAUGCCAUUGACGGGUCCACAGCCAGUAAUUUUAACCAGGGAUCCUGCACCCACACAAAUUCUGAAAAUAAUCCAUGGUGGAUGGUAGACUUGAAGGCACAAUAUCAUGUACUCCGUGUCACCAUCACCAAUCGGAAAGACUGCUGUGCUCAGCGUCUCAAUGGGGCUGAAAUCCGAGUUGGGGACUCUGCAGAGAGAGGAGGCACCACAAAUCCUAGAUGUGCUACAAUAGGUUCUUUGGGUGCUGGGGAAACAGAAACUUUUUACUGUGAAGCAUCAAAAGGGCGGUAUGUGACUGUUACUCUGCCUAGGAAAGAAUACCUCACGCUUUGUGAAGUCCAGGUGUUUGGAUGUAAGAUAGAGACCCCUGACACCAAUGUGGCCCUCGCCGGAGAAGCUUCACAAUCCAGUACCUACAGCUCGCUAGGAGCAGCUGGAAAUGCCAUUGACGGGUCCACAGCCAGUAAUUUUAACCAGGGAUCCUGCACCCACACAGAUUCUGAAAAUAAUCCAUGGUGGAUGGUAGACUUGAAGGCACAAUAUCAUGUACUCCGUGUCACCAUCACCAAUCGGAAAGACUGCUGUGCUCAGCGUCUCAAUGGGGCUGAAAUCCGAGUUGGGGACUCUGCAGAGAGAGGAGGCACCACAAAUCCUAGAUGUGCUACAAUAGGUUCUUUGGGUGCUGGGGAAACAGGCAGCUUUAACUGUGAAGCAUCAAAAGGGCGGUAUGUGACUGUUACCCUGCCUAGGAAAGAAUAUCUCACGAUUUGUGAAGUCCAGGUGUUUGGACAGAAGAUAGAGUCCCCUGGAGAUGAAGAGGGGACCGCAUCUGGAAUGGAAGAAGCAGAAGGACAGCCUGAGUGAAAAGGAAGAAAUAUAAGUUCAAAAUCUGUUCGGCACAGCUUUACCUUUUACUGACGAAACAGACAAAAGCUAUUAUGUCUUGGAUUCCACACACUAGUACUGGCAGCAUUUAUUCUUUGCAAGAGAUUAGUUCCAGAGUUACAGACAUGAAAUCCCUUUUCUUUCCUGUUGGUACUACAACAAAUUCAAUGUCUGGCAAGAGACAAAGGAACCCUAGAUUUAGAACUGAGCAGUACUGCAAUGUGCUCACCUCAAAUCUGCUAUCCACAGCCCUGUCCUAUUAGGCAUAUUUCCUAAUAGGAAUCCUCUUUAUCUUACUAUUCUCCAUGAUUUAGGAUGUCUGUCUGAUUUUUAUUUUCAUAAGACUGUAGGCUGAAAAUGUAUUAUAUGUGUUAUAGAUCAACAUCAUCUGAUUUAUUGUCACAUUUCCAUGUUUGUAUGUACAAGGGAGCAAUACAUAAAGAAGAAAUAACUAUGUAAGUGCUUCUUGUAUUAACAUAGAGAUUAAAUAUGGUUGUGCCUCAA